AUGGCAGACUCUUCCCUUGUGUCAGGCUUGCUGUCGGCCUGGCACACCUUCCGCAUCCCCAUUAUCGUUUCGCUGGCGGUUGUUGUCUUUCUCGUACGAUCACUCAAUCUAUCACGACGAUCAAAAUCGCCAUUAUCUAAUUCGCUGCCGCCGUCGCCGCGCCUUGGAAAUGCCACAUCCACGGAGAAACCUGACGUCACUCUGCUCGAUUCAGAGUCGAUUCAAACAAGCGACAAGCCGAAACAGAAAGCCGCUGCAUCUGGCCCAAAGAGGGUCAUCGGAAACAAGCAGCUUCGAGGGGGCAAGCACUCGCGCCAGGCCGAUCAAUUAACUGGCCCGUCAUUCAUCAAACCGAUUAUCUUUUUCGCGUCCUUGACCGUAUCCACCGAAAAGCGAGCGCGUUGGCUGGCAGAAGAAUUGCGCAAAGCGGCACAUAGAAAAUCGCAGCCAGGUGAUAAGGAACAGGGUCUUCUCCCUCCGGAUAUUUAUGAUCUGUCCGAAAUAGACUUUGAUGACCACUUUGUGUCCGCACCGAAAUCACCGCCAAACUCUCCCAAUACCAGAUACGUCUAUUGUAUUCUGAUUCCGACCUACAAUAUCGACACCAUCAUCGACACAUUCCUUAGCCACCUGGAUGAGAUUCAUCAUGACUUCCGCAUUGAUACCGCGCCAUUAUCAAGUCUGGCAGGAUACUCCGUGUUUGGAUUCGGAGAUAGAGAGGGCUGGCCCACAGAAGAGGAGGGUUUCUGCUCACAGGCCAAAGACUUGGAUCGUUGGAUGGCCAAGCUUACUGGCAAAAAGCGUGCAUACCCUCUUGGCAUGGGCGAUGCCCAAACUGAUGCUGACAAUGCAUUGAAGGAAUGGACGAGCGGGCUGGCGGAGGUUUUGUUUGACAUUGUCGAGACUGGUGGUCUAGGCGAAGGUAUUCCCGGAAGUGGCGAUGCUUAUGAGAGUGAUGAAGAAUCAUUAGCCGAAGAUGAUGAAAGCAUCACCAAAGCUUCUAGUAACGCCAAGGGUGCACAGACUGUGAUUGACCUGGAAGAUAUCAAUCUCGGUGGGAGCGGCAAGAAACGAAAAGGUGGUCCAUUACCCGUUGAUUUUACGACCAUGGGGAAAACCCCAGCUAGUCAGUCGAAUCUGAAAGAAAUGGUGCCGUCCUCUUCACCGACCUACGCCGCUCUCACGAAGCAAGGAUACACAAUUGUCGGAUCCCAUUCUGGUGUCAAAAUUUGCCGAUGGACCAAGUCAGCUCUUCGAGGUCGUGGUUCAUGCUACAAGUAUUCUUUCUACGGCAUCAAAUCUCAUCUUUGCAUGGAAACUACCCCGUCGCUAUCAUGUAGCAACAAAUGUGUCUUUUGUUGGCGCCAUGGCACGAACCCAGUAGGAACCACGUGGCGAUGGAAGGUUGACCCUCCGGAGUUAAUCUUCAAGGGAGUCAAGGAGGGCCACUAUAAGAAAAUAAAGAUGCUGAAGGGUAUUCCGGGUGUCCGAGCCGAACGAUUUGCGGAAGCUAUGCGCAUCCGACACUGUGCUUUGAGUUUGGUCGGGGAGCCUAUUUUUUAUCCUCAUAUCAAUGAUUUCCUUGGCAUGCUACACGAUGAGCAGAUCUCCAGUUUCUUGGUAUGCAACGCACAGCAUCCCGAUCAACUGGCUACUUUGCACCGGGUAACACAACUAUAUGUAUCCAUCGAUGCAAGCAACCGUGACAGUUUACGAAGGAUUGACCGUCCUCUGCAUCGCGAUUUCUGGGAACGCUUCCAACGCUGCUUAGACAUCCUUCGCGAGAAACGCCACAUUCAACGAACGGUCUUCCGCUUGACUCUUGUGAAAGGGUUCAAUGUCGAAGAUGAGGUUAGUGGAUAUGCGGACCUCGUUGAAAAGGGACUGCCAUGUUUCGUCGAAGUCAAGGGCGUUACAUAUUGCGGCACAAGCUCAAGUGCAGGCGCAGGCCUGACGAUGCAGAAUGUACCUUUCUACGAAGAAGUGGUGGCAUUUGUCGUUGCAUUGAAAGACGAACUUCAAAGACGGGGUUUGAAAUACGGCAUUGGCGCAGAACACGCGCAUAGUUGCUGUAUCCUGCUCGCGUCUCAGCGGUUUUAUGUUAACGAGAAGUGGCAUACAAGAAUUGAUUACGAUCGAUUUUUCGAGUUGUUGCAGAAGGAAAAAUCCGAGGGGAUCUCAUUUUGCCCGGAGGACUACAUGAAAGAAACAGAAGAAUGGGCGCUUUGGGGCAAUGGAGGAUUUGAUCCGAAUGACACACGGGUUCGUAGGAAGGGGAAAAACAAAGAUCCCGUUGUCGUUGAGCAGUGA